AUGUAAGGUAUUAAUAAAAUUGUAGAAAAAUAUAAAUGGAAUCAAAUUAAACUGGACGAAAAAUCAUCUAAUGGUUAUAGGGGAAAUCAUUCAGCAGCAAUCUAUAAGAAUUUCAUGAUCAUCUUUGGUGGUGAAGUGCACUAGGUAAUCAAUGAUAAACGAAUAAGCAGUGAAAUAACCAGUGACAUUAAAAUAGUAAAUCUAAGUAAUAAAAUUCAAUAAUAUCAGUUACCAAUGAACUUAAAGUUUUAAAGUAAACAGGAAUCAUACCUCCUCGCAAAUGUCAUAUAGCAGAAGUCAUUGGAAGAAAUAUGAUUGUCCAAGGAGGGAUUGAUCUCAAGGGUUAAUACUUAAGAGAUGUGAUUGCCUAUGAUAUAGUAACUCAAAGAUGGUCAUAAGUCUUAACAGAACAACAUGUCUGCUUUCCCGAUGGAGUAGCUUUUCACAAGUCUUGUGCAGUCUUCCAUAACACUUAAAUAGAAUUAUAUAAAAAUGAUCCUGAAGUUAAGUUUAAUUAUUAGGGAGUUUUCAUCUUCGGCGGCUUUGAUAAGAAUGGCCAUUACCUAGACAAACUUAUUAAAAUUGAUAUCACUACUAAGCCUAUCAAUUUUGAACAAGUUUAGACUAAAGGACUUUCACCCAGUAAAUUAUCUGAUCAUAUUUGUAGUUGGUCGUUGUUAACAUUCAAUGAAUUAUCUAGAGCAAUAUCAGGUCAUAGUUAUUUAUGGAGGCAAGAAUGAUGAUCUUAAUAUAAAUGGGUUUUUAAAUGAUAUUCAUUUGCUUGACAUGAAAUCAUUGACUUGGAUUAGUGUAGAAAUUAAAGGGUUUUAAGUUGCAGGUAGAUGUGGACAUAGUGCUGCUUGUAUAGAUUCAAAGUUAUACAUUUUUGGAGGUUGUAAUUAUUCAGGCUUUCUGAAAAGUGAUCUGCUUGUAAUUGAACUAGAUCCUAUAUCAGCCUAACAAUUUGGGCAAUAGGAUGUAGUUGUUGAAAAACCAAUAAAAUCUCAAUUAAAAGUAACAUUCAAAAAACAAAUUCAUAAAGAUCAUCUCACUGAAAUUAAAGAGAAAAUAGAUUAAAUAUGUUUAAGACCUUAAAAAUAAAGUCUUUUUUUACCUAAACCUAGAAGAUUAAGCGAUUUACUAAACUCACUGAAUUUGAAAGAACUUAUUUAACCAAAUUAGUAGGAAAAGGAUAAAGAUAAAGAAAAAGAUAAAGAAAAAGAUUAAUAAUAAAAAUCAAGUAGAGGUUCUAAUAGAUAAUCACCAAGGAAAGAAACCCCUAGAAUGCCAAUCAAAAAUAUCAAAAGAACUAUGACCACUAUUGUUAAUUCAAAUUGA